UGAAAACUCAUGAACGUAAAGGAGAUGUGCAUCAUCGAAGACGAACGACAGUGCUGUGUGUGUGUUUAUUCCUUUAUCGCUGGUCUGAAAUGUUUAUAUAGUUCUCAGACUUUGGUCUAAAGGACCAAAUGUGAACAUGGAGGCCAUGGAGGAAGACAGCUUGGACGUUAAAGACGACCACAAUCACAACCACUGUAGGAGCGGUGGCGGCAGUAAAGUCCGACCGUGUUUCAGCAGCCAGUCGUUGGAUAGAGCAGCUCCGCUGCCCGCCUGUCCGACGGGGUCUGCCGCAGAACCGUGCGAUCGUCGCCGCAAAUUGUUGUGGCCCGGUGGUUCCGACGGGGCAAAGUUUCUGGACUCGGAUACAGGGAGCGAAAGCAGCGAGUCGGAUUGCACGGCCACUCCAGCUAACACCGAGGGGCUGCUGAGCCUCGAAUCUACUUCCAAGUUUCUUUUGAACUCGAUGGCUGUAGAAGAUUACAGGAAGAACCACUGGCCGAACCUGGAGGAGGCAAUAGACCGCCUGCUGAUCCAGAACUCCUCAGACCACAUCUCAGUCUCCUACGCACAGAUAUACGGUUACGUCUACAAGUGUGUCUGCCAGCAGCACUCGGAGCUGCUCUACAGCGAUUUGACAAAAAAGAUAACGAGUCACUUGCUCGAGGUUUCUAGUCGGCUUCAGGCCAGCUCACCUCAUAACCUAAUCGAGAACUUCAACGUUGCCCUAACGCAGUACACAGCUUCUCUUGAGUGUAUAGUUCCAGUUUUUAUAUACUUGAACAAGUUCUACAUUGAGUCGAAACUCAACAGGGACCUGAAAGAGGACCUGUUGAAGCUGUUUGCUGACCAUGUUGCUGAGAAAUAUUUAAACACACUGAUGCCUCUGUUGAUCAAAGCUCAUUCCAUGCCCUUCCAAGUUCAGCCCUCAACCAUGGCCAGCGUGGUCAAAGGUCUCUACAGCCUCCGGCCAGAGUGGGCUCAGCUCGCUCCAGAGCUCUUCUCCGGCUUCAUUCCACAAAUCAACCCUCCUACCGUGGAGUCCCGACUUCCGGAUUAUGCCGAUCAUGACCGGAAGCUUCAAAUGGCGCUCUCCAUGACCGGAUUUUCUCGGGGCGACCAGUCUCGCAAACGGGCCAGUGAAGACUCCUGAUGGCGGUCGACUGACCUGCUGCUGAACCGUGCCUCUUCAUUACGAGAUGUCUCCGUCGCGACUCAAGGCCACAAAACACUGUGAAGAAAAAGGAAAGCGCGAUGUUCGUGUGUGCUCCACGGAGAACACACGAACAGAGACCUCCAUUAUUUAUAGGUGCUUUCUUCUGGAAUAAGGACCCUCAGCUGGCGGAGAUGGACUGAACAGCCUGAAAAGGGGAAGAUGGAUGAUGCUUGUGUGGUUUCUGACCUUUAACCUGGAGUCCUGAGUUGUUUUUGAUUGGAGACGCUGCUAAUAAUACUGAAGUCCACAAACGGCUCAGUAUGCUUAACGCAGACGUCUGAUAAGAAGAGGGAAACAAAGUCUUUUGGUGUGAUUGUUUCCUCCGUGAUGCCUUUACUGCUCUGGAACACCAAACUGCAUUUCCCAGGUAGACCAAAGAGAAUUGCAUUUGCUUCAAGCUGAAAUCGUUAGUUUUGUGAACCACCCUUUCAUCCUUUAGUCCGUUUCCACGGCUCAAGUUUCGCCUUAAAAAUUAUAUCACCUUUCCUUUUAUUAAGCCUCAGAAUGACAGAAAGUGCCAGAAACUCACUUUUCUUUCGUCUUCUUCUCUUUAUUUUGGUCGUUGCGUUAAAAGAAAACGUUUCAAACACCAAGAAUAACGUCUUGGACAGGCAGAAGCAGUGCUCAUCGUUGACCAUUACAAAAAUAUUUGAAGCUUUUCUUUUGUUCCGCCCUGUCAGUCUUUGCUAGACGAAUGAAACUAAUGAUAUGCAAAUAUUAUUUGGGGUGCGGUAGUGCAUUAAGUGGAGCUAACAUGUACAGCCUGGUGAGAAUGUAAAUAGUGUUUUCCCCUGCAUGGCAGCCUGUGCACACUAGCUUUUAUCGCAGGUGCAUUUUUUUGCUAAAGACUCAUUGGAUACAAGCUCUUGCACUGUUUUAAGUGUAAUCAAAGCCCAGCCUUUCUUUGUGUUUCUGUUGGAAUUACAUUUUUUUUUUAAUUUGUUUGAAAAUGAGCGGUGAUGGAAUCCAGAUCAGACCGAUUUAAAGUAAAAAUAUGUGGAUGCUGUCUGAAACAUACCUUAUAUGGAUGUAGAAGAAGAGCAAAAUGGCUGCAGACACUAAACACUGGAUGGACUACGUUACUAAUUUUGUAUAAUGCAACAUAACAGUUCUGCUUGAAUCAACUGUGAAUAAAAUCAACUUGAUGCAAACCA